CUCAGUCCUACAGCGCGUGCGCGAGACCUGUCACUUUCGUUCGAAAACCGCCGAUGUGUCGCAGAAAGUGAAAAAAUAAAAACAAAAAUGUUUGAUUCAUUAUUAUUUGUGGCUUUUUUAGCGAGUUGCGUGGGUGCUGAUAAUUUUAGUUUACCGGACGACUUCACAAAAUGCCGGCAAAAGGACGCGAAACUGAACGAGUGCCUCAAAAUGGCCGUCCCUGAUGCGCUCCGGAGGAUGAAGAAAGGCAUCCCCUCACUAUCAGUGCCACAGAUGGAGCCGCUGCACGUGAACAGCAUCGACGUGGACUCCGGGUCAGGGCCGGUCGUCAUCACGCAGAUGUACAAGAACAUCAAGCUUCAUGGGCUCACUGACUCCGUGCUCACGCUGUAUAAGGCUGAUCUCAAAAACUACAGACUGAGGACGGACUCGAUCACGCCCAAGAUGGAGUUCAUAGCUGACUACAUAAUGAGGGGCAGGAUCUUACUGCUGCCGAUACAAGGAAAAGGCCUCGCCAACAUUACCAUGGUGAACUUGGUAGUGAAACACGACCUGAUAGGAGAGCCGGUAACACGCGACGGACAAACAUACAUGCACAUCAAGGACUAUAGAGUGCGGUUCAUCCCACAGCGAGUACUGCUCAACUUCAGCAACCUCUUCAACGGAGACAAGGUUCUCGGAGACAAUAUGAAUGAAUUCCUGAACGCAAAUUCGGACCUGGUCUUCAGCGAGCUGAAGGAAUCCUAUGAAAAAGCGCUCAGUUCAGUUUUCCAAAAUGUCACAAAUGAAAUAUUUGACAGAGUGCCCAUGAACAAAAUAUUCCUUGAGGAUUAAUUUAUUAUACUAAGCUGCGUCUGAGCAGCAAGACUUAUUUGGUAGUUGCAAUAAUUAAUGUAAGGACAAUCCUUUAAAUAAUAGAACUUUAGAAAUAAUACAUCUUCAAGUAUGAGGUAUUUAUUGAAGCUGCUUUAACUAGACUUCGUUAUCGUAAGUUAAGAUUAAUUAAGAAUAACUUAAUUUGUAAGUAAAUAAUUUGAUAAAAA